UUUAACAGAACAUGGCUAAUGAUUAGACUAAAAACACUCAAUCAAUCAACAGAAUGGGUGUUGUUAGCAAAGAUGUGUUGUUCUUGCUAUUGUGCCUUGUCCUUCUACACCAAUCUCAUUCCAAAUGCCAAGAAUCCUACUCUUGUAGAAAUUUCACCCUACGGUUUCCAUUCACCGAUAUCCGUGAUCCCGAGUGUGGAUUGUUUGCAGUUGACGGCUGUGAUUCAUCCACUCGAGAAGAGCAUCCAUGGUUUCAUAUAGGAGCUUCAACCUCAGCCAAAUAUAUCAUAAACCAGCCAACAAAAAACAAAUUCACAGUCACUGAUUUCUUGCUUCAGUCAUUAUUGGAAUCUCCAAAAUGCUAUUCUUUCAUGAAUAUGUCGCUGCCUCAAGCUCCCUCGGUUUCUUUCACAUUCACCCCCAACAUCACGUUUUUCGGGUGCUACAAUAGGAGUAGCAACGACGAAAUCCAAGAGUAUUUCCAACACUAUAGGAGGGAGGAGUGUGAGGCUUCCACUUUGUACUAUAAAAUUCCGGCAGCUGAGAGUCAUGACGGGGCGAUUCCCCGAUAUUGUUCCUUGACUCAGUUGCCUGCGAAGUCCGAUGUGAACUCAACUCAAAUGUCGGAGAUGCUGGCGUCUAGUUUCAGUUUGGAGUGGAGUGUAACGGAAGAUUGUGAUCGAUGCUACCGCGGAGGGGGGCGGUGUCUUGCAGACAACAAGAAUCAGUUCUACUGCGAAAUUACAGGACCCACAAGACUCAGAAAGAUCUUUUUUAUAGGUGGUAUUACCAUAGGCUCUCUUACAUCCUCUUUGAUAGUUGUAUUACUUUUCAUUCGGAGAAGGCGUGCAAAGGCAAAGCAAGAUCGUGAUAGAGACAUCGAACUCUUUCUAAAGGACAAUGGGAAUCUUGUACCAAUGAGAUACAAAUACUCCAGCAUCAAGAGAAUGACCAAUUCAUUUACUGAAAAUUUAGGAAGAGGGGGAUUUGGCAGUGUUUAUAAAGGUCAAUUUCCUGAUGGUCGUCUUAUGGCAGUGAAAGUCUUGAAUGAAUCAAAUGGAGAUGGAGAAGAAUUCAUGAAUGAGGUCGCCAGUAUUAGCAGAACUUCCCACGUUAAUAUUGUCGCGUUGUUGGGGUUUUGUUUUGAAGGUUCCAAGAGAGCUCUCAUUUAUGACUUCAUGCCUAAUGGUUCUCUUGAAAAGUUCAUUGGCAACAAUGCUUCAUCGUCUCAAGAAUCUGGGUUGGGAUGGGAUAAAUUGUUUGAGAUCACUCUUGGGAUAGCUCGAGGGCUGGAAUACUUGCACCAAGGCUGUAAUACGAGGAUUCUGCAUUUGGACAUCAAGCCUCAGAACAUUCUUCUUGAUAAGGAUAUGAAUCCAAGGAUUUCAGAUUUCGGGCUUGCUAAAUUGUGUCCAAACAGAUCAAGCAUAGUCUCUAUGAUGGGGACAAGAGGCACAAUAGGAUACAUCGCCCCUGAAGUGUUUUCUAGAAACUUCGGAGAUGUCUCUUAUAAGUCAGAUGUGUAUAGUUAUGGAAUGCUGGUUUUGGAAAUGGUUGGUGGAAGGACAACCGUUGACCGAAGAGAUGUAGAUUGUACUAGUGAAGUAUAUUUCCCCACGUAUCUCUACAAGCAGAUUGAGAUGAAUGCUGAAAGAGAUGGUGAUCUUGCUAGAGCAUUGGACGAAGAAGAAGAAAGGCAACGCGUAAAGAGAAAUUUGAUCAUUGUUGGGCUAUGGUGCAUACAGACAAACCCUAGGGACCGACCGUCGAUGACAAGGGUGGUAGAGAUGUUGGAAGGGAAAUUUGGAUCAUUGGAGGUUCCACCUAAGCCUUAUCUGUGCUCAUCCCCAAGAGCAGCACCAACCUAUUCAACUUCGGAAUCAUUAUAUUCCGAUUAUCAAAUCACUGCGGAUGCGGUUCUCGGAUUGAAGCAUAAACUUUAUAGUACAGAAAAUUUUUCUAUGCAACAGCGAGAAUUGAAAACUAUGAAAAUUUCAUUUGCUCCUCAAACUCAAAUGCGCCAAAUCGAACUCAUGGCCAAAACCAACUCUCAUGCCAUCUCCUUUUCUCCAAAAUUGAUUCCAAAUGUUCAAAAUUUUGAAUAUUCAUCAUUCCCAAGUCAACACGGUUGUUCAGAAAUGCUACAGGUGAGAAGCAGAAUAAUGCAAUACAUAAAUACAGUGUUUGGUCGUCUAAUUCAUCAAGCAUUUAGACAUGAAAAUAGACAACCUCCAAACUUUGUCUGUAUGCAUAUUCUCUCUACUCCUCAUCUCAUCCAAAAUCUGCAGCGGCGCAUACUACCAAUACGAAGUCUGCGCGCCGUCAAGCUGUGGCGGCGGUCCCAAAAUAAGCUUCCCAUUCUUCCUCCCAAGAUCUCAGCCAUUCUACUGCGGCUACCCAGGCUCGCGAUCAAUUGCAGCAGCGACGGAUUUCCGCUUCUCCAUCUCUCGGAAAACGAUUACAUAAUCGAAGACAUUUUCUACCAAAACCAAUCUCUCCGCGUUUUCAAUGCCGCAGCUUUGCUGCCAUCAUCGAUCGGCAGCUGCUCUCGGAGAUUGAUCGGAAACGCGACUCUCCCCGGCGGCAGAUUCGAUUACUCCGGCGGCAAGGAUUUCGGUCUUUUUUUCGGGUGCAAAAACGUGAGCGAAGAGCUGCGGAGGUAUGGAAUUGGCAAUUGCAAUGUUUCUAGAGAGAGAAGCGACGAGAUUGAUUUGGCGAUGUUCGCUGGCAAUGAGAAUUGGGGGAGAGUGAUUGGCACGUGCGAGGAGAGCGUUGUGGCACGUGCGGAGUUGAGUGGGGAUGAGAGGGAGGAUGAAGUGGUGGAUGUUGCGGCGGUUUUGAGGAGGGGAUUUGUGAUGAAUUGGACGGCGAGUGAUUGUGGUGAUUGUCGAGAGAGCGGCGGCCGCUGCGGUUUUAACGAGACUUCUUUCCAUUUCAGGUGUUUCUGUCCCGACAAGCCGCAUUCAAGGAGCUGCGAACCAAGAAAGAUCAGACUCAGUAUGUUCUUUUUAAUAGGUGGUCUGAUUGUAGCUGCUCUUACAUCCUGUUUGAUAGCUUUAUAUGUCUUCAUUUGGAGGAAGCGUGCAAAGGUGAAAAAAGAGCAAGAAAAAGACAUCAAACGCUUUCUGAAAAACAAUGGAAAUCUUGCACCGAUGAGAUACAAAUACACCAACAUUAAGAAAAUGACAAGCACAUUCAAUGAGAACUUGGGAAGAGGAGGGUUUGGCAAUGUUUACAAAGGACAGUUUCCGAACGGUCAUCUUGUAGCAGUCAAAGUCUUGAACGAUUCAAAUGGAAAUGGGGAAGAUUUCAUGAAUGAGGUUGCCAGUAUUAGCAGAACUUCCCAUGUUAAUAUUGUCACUUUGUUGGGAUUUUGUUUUGAAGGUUCGAAAAGAGCUCUCAUUUAUGAUUUCAUGCCAAAUGGUUCACUUGAAAAGUUCAUUGGAAAAAAUGAUUCAUCGUCUCAAGAAUCUGGGUUGGGAUGGAGUAAAUUGUUUGAGAUAGCUCUUGGGAUAGCUCGAGGGCUUGAAUACUUGCACCAAGGCUGUAAUACAAGGAUUUUGCAUUUGGACAUCAAGCCUCAGAAUAUACUUCUGGAUAAGGACAUGAACCCAAGAAUUUCAGAUUUUGGGCUUGCUAAAUUGUGUCCAAACAGAUCAAGCAUAGUUUCUAUGAUGGGGACAAGAGGUACGGUAGGAUACAUUGCCCCUGAAGUGUUUUCUAGAAACUUCGGAGAAGUCUCUUACAAGUCUGAUGUGUAUAGUUAUGGGAUGCUGGUUUUGGAAAUGGUUGGAGGAAGGAAAACCGUUGAUCGAAGAGAUGUAGAUUGUACUAGUGAAAUAUAUUUCCCCACUUAUCUCUACAAGCAGAUUGAGAUGAAUGCUGAAAGAGAUGGUGAUCUUGCUGGAGCAUUGGACGAAGAAGAUGAAAGCAAACACGUUAAGAGAAAUUUGAUCAUUGUUGGGUUGUGGUGCAUUCAGACAAACCCUAAGGACCGACCGUCGAUGACAAGAGUGACAGAGAUGUUGGAAGGGAAAGUUGGGUCGUUGGAGGUUCCACCUAAGCCUUACCUAAAUUCAGCCCCUAGAGCAGCACCAACCUAUUCAACUUCUGAAUCUUUGUAGUAUUUUGCGUGAAUUUGUGUGGUAACUAAUGUUAAAUUUUACUAUAUAAAGUGUUAAGGGCCACUAUUUCCAGAACAACAAUAAUGUAUAUGUAUCCUGUUUUCUUUUCUAGAGAGUCGGUAAUGGUCAUCGUCAGUCACCGUUAUAUGGGAAGUUGGGAGUUUAUUAGUA